UGUGUUUUCUUCAUGAUCAAAAUCAAAAUGAUAAUACAUUUUAUAGUACUGAUUGCUUGUAUUGCUUGCAAAUGAAUUAUGGAACAUUUUUUAUGAACACACAAGAAGAAUAUCUUCAUGUUCAUAUUUGUCAUGUUCCAACCGACACAAUCUCACGCAUAUAAAAGCCAUUACCCACAAUUUAAUUUCAAUCAUAAACAUAUUUUACAUUAAUAUUUAAUUUAAAGUCGGGUUAUUUGAAUAUGUCGUUUACCACGACCGCAGACGGCGUUCCGGUGUAUCUAUACAACUCGACGGUGGCGACGAUGUUGGGGCGGCGGAGGAUUCCGAUACACACGACAUUCUAUUGGGGGCAUAAGGUGGACAUACUAUUUCAUUGCUGGCCCGGCGACAGCGCCGCCAUGUAUGCGGUGGCGCUGAUUCUCGUGUUCGUUAUGGCGGUGUUGGUGGAGUGGCUUUCAUUUACUAACAUUGUGAAACUCAAAAAUGGGACAUCAAACGACGUCGUUGGGUCGUUUCUUAAGACGGGGUUGUACGGCGUGCGUACUGUAUUUUCAUAUUUGGUUAUGUUGGCAGUUAUGUCGUUUAAUGGUGGCGUGUUUAUCGCCGCGAUUUGCGGCCACGUCAUCGGGUUCAUGGUUUUUGGGACAAUGGCUAUCUUGAAGAAAUCGAGUGGGUUGGAUUCUUCCAAACCGUAGUGAGUUUGAUCCAUCAUUUUUGGUGUUCUUAUAAAACAAAUAAAAAUUUUAUCAAUUGAAAUUUAUAUUAAGUUCUACUAAAUUAUAUGAGUUCCAAAUAAUUUAGUCAAAUUCAUAUAUAUUUGGGUUGUAUUAUUAUUAUUUUUUUGUGAGUUAUUACAAAUAAAAAGAGUUUUUGGUUGUUGAAAGUACAUGUUAAUUGGUGCACAAUUUGUAAAGGCAAAAUAAGAU